CUCCCAUCCAGAUAUCCAGACUGAAACAAUGCCCAACAAAUGGCAUUGCGAUCAUCAGCUUUCCGAUUAACCGUAUCGCGCGGUGCCUGUGCACCGAGACUCUCGUCCAGGGUCGGUGGCAGAACCGUUUGGGCGCGACUGUACAGCACCACGGCCCCAGGCCAGUCGAGUCCGCCGCAAGAAUCGGAGCGUCCGACGCCAUCCCGGGUCGACGACCAGUUGCCUGAUGGGUCCCAUCUCAACCCCUUACCGGACGAUUACUCGCGCUUCAUAUUCCAAGAUAAAUGCCGCUCGGUGAUGCAUGCGGGGUCCGGUGGGAGUGGUUGUGUGUCGUUCCUGCGCGAGAAGUACGUUGAAGAAGGGCCUCCCAAUGGCGGUGACGGGGGCAGCGGUGGGUGUCUCUACGUCCAGGCCGUGGAGGGAAUGACGAGUCUGCAUAAGUUGGCCCGUCGGGGAGUGAUCCGCGCCGGUCGCGGCAAAAACGGCCAGGGGAAGAGCAAAGGAGGCCGACGGGGCGAGGAUGUUCUGAUCCAGGUGCCCGUGGGGACGGUGAUCCGCGAGGUCGACCGGUACGACCCCGUGACGGAGGAACUGGUUCGGUUAGAGGAAAUCGAGGCCCAGCCGCCGGAUGAGCUGGAUGAAAUGGGGGUAACGUCCAUCCGCCACGACCGCUGGGUGCUGUAUCCCGGCGCCAAGCCCUCGGAUUUCCUGACUACGGUCUUCCCCCGGAACACGCCUCGACGGCAGGACAUUGCCUCGCUGGAGCCGCCAUCACCGAUUCACCUCGACCUCUCGUAUCACAUGGAGAAGCCGAUCCUACUCGCAGCCGGCGGGGCGGGUGGGAUGGGCAACCCCCACUGGUCGUCGCGCGCCAACACCCGCCCCAAUUUUGCCUCCCGAGGCGAGGGUGGCAUGCGCCUGGAGCUGGAGUUUGAGUUGAAGCUCCUGGCAGAUGUCGGGCUGGUGGGGAAGCCCAAUGUCGGGAAAAGCACCCUCCUCCGCUCCCUGACCAACAGCCGCACCCGCAUCGGGAACUGGGAGUUCACCACGCUGUCGCCCAACAUCGGCACCGUGGUCGUCGACAAUCACAAGGGUCGCCCGCUGGUGGAGACCGCCGACAAGAACCCCCGCACCCACUUCACCAUCGCCGACAUUCCCGGUUUGAUCCAGGGGGCGCACCUCGACCGGGGGCUGGGCCUCGGGUUCCUGCGGCACGUCGAGCGCGCGGGCAUCCUAGCCUUUGUGGUGGACCUUAGCGCCGAGGACCCCGUGCAGGGGCUGAAGAACCUUUGGCAUGAAGUGGGCGAGUACGGCAAGAUGCGCGAGGAAGAGGCCGCCCUGGAGUGGAUGUCCGACAGCUCGGACCUGCCGUCGUCAUGGUCGUCACCGCAAGACGACGGGGAAGCCGCGCCGAAAGAGCUCCCGUCCCUCAGCCUGCCGCCUAUGCACACCAAGCCCUGGUUCGUGGUGGCCACCAAGGCCGAUUUGCCCGAGACGCAGGAACGAUUCCGCGCUCUGCGGGACUUCCUGGCGGCGGUGGAACGGGGCGAGGCAGAGCAUCCGGGGGGCCACGUGAACGGGUGGAGGAAGAAGCUGCACGCGGUUCCGGUGUGCGCUAUGAAAGGCCAGGGCGUUGAGCGAAUCCCCAAGCUGGUGAUGGAAUAUCUGGAUUGAAGGAGUGUCUCUUGAUUGGAUGAACGGCAUAUGUGGCGUUUUCUCUUGUACUAUCUUUUUAUCUUAUUCCUGUAUAAUAUCGACAUGGAUUUGCACAGCAAAGAUCAUUC